AAUUAGCGAAGCUCCGAUCGCUCGGCGCUUGUUCCGCUCCCGCGUCUCACACACGCUCCGUCUCUCUCUCUCUCCUCCCGUGCCUCUCUCUCUCUCUCAACCCGUGCCUCUUCUCUCCUUCGCCAGGCCGCCUUCGCUGUGCUGCUGCUGACGCCUCCGACCGCUCGCCGCAAGCAUGGAUUUUGUGAUGAAGCAAGCGUUGGGAGGAGCGACGAAGGACAUGGGGAAGAUGAUGGGCGGCAACGAGGAGAAGGACCCGGACGCCGAGAAGAAGCAGGAGGAGCAACAGGAGGCCCUGCGGCAACAGGAGGAGGAGCGCAAGUCCAAGUACGCCAAGAUGGAGGCCGAGCGAGAGAACAUGCGGCAGGGGAUUCGAGACAAGUACGGCAUCAAGAAGAAGGAGGAGCGGGAGGCGGAGGCGAACGCGGCCAUGGAGAUGCCGUGCGAGGGCAGCCUGACGCGACCCAAGAAGGCGGUGCCGGCCGGCUGCGGCGAGGAGGAGGAAGAGGAGGAGAACAUCCUCGACUCGGUGAUCAAGUUCCUGCCCGGGCCGCUGCAAGACAUGUUCAAGAAAUAGAGGAGCCGGGACAGGGGAGAGGCGCUCAGCUCGCUCAGCGCGCACUCGACGCACAGAUAAUCAGAUCAGAUGAAUCAGCCAACCCAGGUCAGGCCUGCAGUUCGUUCAUUGUUGUUGUUAAUUACGACGGCGAUAAUAAUUGCCGUAGCAAUGGUGACGAUUGAUGGUGGUGAUGAUAUUUUUUUUCAAACUGGUCUUUUCAAAAUGCAUUUUAAAAUAAUUGUAAUGUAAACAUUCUAAUUAUUGAGAAGCCCCGAGUGAGACGGAAACAAACAACCGCAAAAACAUUUUUUGGAAAAAAAAUAUUUACGAUAUUUGAAUGAUGUAAGACGGGCUUGUCCUUUUCAAUUGCAAAGGGAAAAAAACACGUUUACGAGAACGUGUUUUUUUUUCGGUCCUAAAUUCACGAAGGAGAGUUUUAUUAUGCAGACGCGGCGUGGAUGUUGUUACUGGGUGUUAGGGCAAGUCGCACGGCGCGCUCUCGGGGGUUGCAACAAAAGGAGAAAGUUUGCCGAGACGUUGGUCCUCGCCCUGGGCUCAUUUCUCGCUUCACGACUCUCCGGCGAGGCUGCUUGGGGCUGGCUUGGCUCUGCGAUUACCUGCACAAUGCAUUCCCACGCGAGUACAAGGUGGCGCCUUAUACAUGAAAUAAUCCUAUAUUAUUGUACCUACAUUCCUACAAUCCUACGAACAGUUUUUAGGACACAAUUUGGCGUGAGAUGGAUGAUGCGGUUGGGUGCCAAAAGAUUAAUUCCCCAGAACGGCCGUUUUUCCGGAAUGUUCUGGCGAAGCUUAAGCGGCAGCCGGUCUCUUUCGCUAAAUAUCGGAUUCACGACUUCACGGAACUCUGGGCACCGAAAUCGUCGUCGUUAAUGACGACGAAUAAUGAUAAAUCGGCGCUUUAUUUUGAGGGGGGUGUUGGCGGGAGGGGGGGGGGGGGCGCGGAUUUCCCAGUGAGACUUUUAAAAAUUGCGUCGAGAUGAGAAUCCAGCCCGGAGCGGUGUCUCUCCACGUGGGCCCCGGUGGCUCCCUCCACCGUCACACCACCGCGGGGCCACCGGCGGGGGACCGGGAAGCCUCCGGGACCCUUUGUUGGGCGAAACCAAUGACGGUGACCAAAUUUGCUGGGCGAAACCAAUAACGGUGGCCAAAUUUGAUGGACGAAACCAAUAACGGUGGCCAAAUUUGAUGGGCGAAACCAAUGACGGUGACCAAAUUUGCUGGGCGAAACCAAUGACGGUGACCAAAUUUGCUGGGCGAAACCAAUAACGGUGGCCAAAUUUGAUGGGCGAAACCAAUGACGGUGGCCAAAUUUGCUGGGCGAAACCAAUGACGGUGACCAAAUUUGCUGGGCGAAACCAAUAACGGUGGCCAAAUUUGAUGGGUGAAACCAAUAACGGUGGCUAAAUUUGAUGGGCGAAACCAAUAACGGUGGCCAAAUUUGAUGGGCGAAACCAAUAACGGUGGCUAAAUUUUCUGGGCGAAACCAAUAACGGUGGCCAAAUUUGCUGGGCGAAACCAAUGACGGUGGCCAAUUUUGCUGGGCGAAACCAAUAACGGUGGCCAAAUUUGUUGGGCGAAACCAAUAACGGUGGCCAAUUUUGCUGGGCGAAACCAAUGACGGUGGCCAUAUUUGAUGGGCGAAACCAAUGACGGUGGCCAUAUUUGCUGGGCGAAACCAAUGACGGUGGCCAAAUUUGUUGGGCGAAACCAAUAACGGUGGCCAAAUUUGCUGGGCGAAACCAAUGACGGUGACCAAAUUUGCUGGGCGAAACCAAUGACGGUGGCCACAUUUGAUGGGCGAAACCAAUGAAGGUGGCCUAAUUUGAUGGGCGAAACCAAUGACGGUGGCCAAAUUUGAUGGGCGAAACCAAUGACGGUGGCCAAAUUUGUUGGGCGAAACCAAUGACGGUGGCCAAAUUGACCAGGGAUACAAUUUUCGUUCUCGCCACGGGAGGCCAAAGCACACCGCCACUCGACAACAAACGCAGCAUCCGCACGCUUCUUUAAUAAUAAAAAUAAUAAACGAUGAUGCUGAUGAUUGGGUUUGAGUCCCCCAACCCACUCGGAGCCACGCCUGAGUUGUGGCCGCAACAAAAAAAAGUCAUAAGAGUGUUGAAUUUUAGUAAUAAUAGUGUUGGUGAUUUUUUGCCGAGUGUAAAAAAGUUUCUUCUUGGAGAGAGUUUGACUCAGAGAUGGCUUUUUUUAUCCCAUUCGUCACAAGAAGCAGCCUCCAUUAAACAGCUGCGGUAACAUUUCAAAAUCUGGCUGGGAUUCAGGCACGUACAGCUGCUCAACUCUUGCAAAAAAUAUAUAAAUAUAAUUAUUUCAGUGUCGUGGAAUUAUAGAAAAUGAGCGAUCGCGGAGCGCGAUAGGAUAUGAAUAAUUAUCUCAUUGCUCAUGACCAGUGGCUGAAAUUGGAUUUCAACGGGAAAAUCCUGGUUCCAGCCGCCAGCCAUGAAGGCUGGGGAUCCGUGUGAAUGAAUUGGGCGACGUGAAUGAAUUAAUUGAAUGAGUGAGCUGUGGCCGUGAGGUUACUUAGUGAGGCCCUCUCGUGCGCUCGGGUUAUGGCAUGGGUUCUGCGGAGGUGUCACUGGCAUCUCACCGUCAGCUCCACUCACCACCUUAGCCACUCACCACCUUAGCCACUCACUCACUCACUACCACACUUACUCGCUCACUCACUCGCCAACGCACUCCUGCACACACUCGCUCACCCCCUAGCUCGCUCAAUUGAUUUCCACCUAACUCCUUUGCCAGCUCACUCUACCGCUCAGGCACCAACUGAAAUGCACGCUUACUCAACAGCUCACUCACUCGCACCCCGCGCGGCCACUCCCAUCGCCUGCUGGGAUGAUGACACUGGUGAGGGUGAGCCGCAGACGGUGGUCACUACUCGGGAACCCUACGUCGUGUGCGAGCUUGGAGCUCACGCGAGCUGCCCGCGGGAAAUUGUGGACAAAUAACAAAAUACAUACAUGCGCAGACAUAUACAUAAAUAAAUAUACAUGCAUGCAUAAACACACACAUACAUGCAUUGAUACACAUAUAUGUAUACCGUUUGUAUUCAUACGGCAUCUGAAUGGAACCGCUUCUUGACAAACACAUAAAUACAUACACAGCCCACAAAUACACACAUUGCAUACAUAUAUACUUGCACACUCGCACGCAUAAACACACACUUGUAAAUAUCAACAGACACGCAUAAAUAUGCUAUAUUGAAGUCUAUAACGCGUGCAUACGUAAAAACACAACGGCCGCCAUUCGACGUGACGUCACUACAGUGCUUGUGCCAGGCUAGGUACACACGUCAACACGCACACUGGGGCGCUGUGCACCUUUCCAAAGAGACCUCACUCAAUAUGCAGCAGCGCGUCACGUGUGCGAGGUGACCCGGCCUCUCCCCCUGCCCAGGUAGCCCCCCCCCCAUCUACAACCGCUUCCCCCCAUCUACACCCCCCCCCGCCACCUCCUUUCUGACCUCCCUUGGGUGCUGGGGAUGCGAGUGACUGAUCAGGCUGGGAGUGGGAGGAGGGGAGGGAUGGGGAAUUUGGGGAAGGUGGGGAGAUGAGUUGGGGGUGGGGGUUGUGAUGGAAGCCCCGCUCCUCUCACCUGGGCGCAGGUGUAGUCGUCACGUGCUGCUCUCCGCGCGCUUUAGAACUCACGUGACACGCGGACGUGUCCCGCAUGUUGUUGCUGCCGUUGCGUCGUGCGUAGGUGUGUGUGUGUGUUGUCUACUCUUAUUACUUUUUAUGAUUAAUUGUUCACAGCUGUGUUGGUCGCGCGCACGUAGAGACGCUACAGGAACCCACCCGGACACCCCCCCCCCCCACUUUAUCCCCUCCCCCUGUUUCCCUCUCCAUCUCCCCUAGGUUCACGGUUCAAUCCCUGGUAUUGGCGCUUUGCAAACGUACAACAACUCACCAAUCACGAACACGACCUUGAUCAUUUAACGCCGCCUUAUAACAUGCAUAGAUUGUCCUAACGUUUCGGGCAAUGGCCCUUCGGAGUGUAAAGAGACAGUGAUUGGCCCACCUGAUAAGUUAGGCAGCACUGUUUGGUGUGGCCAGCCAACGUUGCACCAACCAUCCGUUGUAACAAGGUCACAUAACAAGGUCACAUAUACGACAUGUGACCUUUGAUUAAGUAACACAAAAAGCCACGACUAAUAUUGUUCACCAUGAGAAUUAUGCGAGGUUUAAGAAAUUACGUUGUUUUUAAUCUUCACACCGUUCAUAGGAUGAUGGACAGGUAGCGGCUGUGAAUGUGACUUUCAAUCAAUGAAGCGAUCAUUAUUUUACGUGCCAAUAAGAAAGGAGGCAUCAGUGCACAUUACAGCAGAAGGGGAACGGUACAGAGGCGGGAAGGGGGGCACGGAGCAACAGGAAUGGAAAAAGAAACCCGUCACGACCUCAGCGGCACAACACCAACUGGGCUAAAUAAAUUGCUAACUUGAAAGCUGUUCACGCGUCGGCAGGGCGACUACCUCCCAAUGGUGUCCAGUGGCCCCACAGAGCAACGCGGGAUCACUGAACAGUCUCUCCGCCCUCUCUGCAUCUCUGCCCUGAAUAAGAGGGCACUGCCUGAAACGUCAGCCUCAUGAUUAUAAGUAGCUCUGCGUUUGAGGGUGUGCGCGUACGUGACCAAGGGUGGCGGGGAUGUUCGAGAUGCGCGCAUUUGCACAGCGCUGCCAACGCAGCCUCUCAAUGUUUAAUGCCAUGGCUCGUAGGUGUCAAUAACAACAACAACCACCACCACCGGCUGCAUCCCACUCAUCCGCGCCCCGCGUGAUCCCCCCCCCCUCCUCCCCCGUCAUGUCUCGUCUCCCGUGGUUGGAUUCUCAAUUUGAUCCCUCGCGACUCACGUGGGCUGGGAUUUAAAUGCUGUUAUUAUUUUAGCAUUACUCUCAGCGUUAUUGAGUCAUGUAUCAUGCGCCACUAAUGCUGUCCCUGUGCGUGUGUGCACGUGCGUGUGUGAUCGUGGGGAGCGGUAUUGGAGCGGUUAGCGCGCUGCGCUCUAAACCCAGCCACCCGAGUUCGAUUCCCGCUCACGGCCAACACCAGUGACGAUUAUCUGAACCGGUCCUGCGCCUGCCCUAGCUGUGUAAAAACAUCUCCACUGGGGAGACAAAGGCGGUCGGGCGUGGUGCUGGCUAGUUGCUCGCUAACAGUACUUGCCCUACCAUUCUGUUGAGGCUAUACAGGUGAUAUUUGUCUUUGUGUCUAUAGAUCAUGAUGGAAGGUGGUGAUUUACGCGUGUGACUAAUGGGAGUUUAUCAGGGGCAUUUAUCGUCAUUACUUUCACAUGAAUGCUCGAGCUGACUCCACGCGUUUCUUGCGAGCAGCAGUGUCCGCGUCGAACGUGAUUCUCGGACACCAUCGCCUGCAGGAACCCCACGCGGUCUGUGGACCGAAUGCGGUCCGCGACUGCGUAUCACGCGGCCCUCGUUCGGCACAGCAGGCAAAGUUUCACAUUGUAUAAAACGAAAGCUGUGAGACCGGAAAAUAGUCAGGCUACCUCUCGCGAGUCAAUCACAGAUUGUCUGACAUCUGAUAUCAGGCAGGUGGCGCACACUCGUUAAUAGAGAUAAUAUCAGCAGCAAUAAACUCAACAUACCGUAGAAUUAACUGGAUCUGUUGCGAGAGUCGAGCUUUAGCGCUUGUGCAGACCGCCCCCCCCCGUCUGCACGUGGUGGUCACGCUGCACCACGGAGCCUCAAAGACAAAAGUAACCAAAUCGACUCCACUCUGUAGUGGCUCUUGCCGCGUGAGAGCUCCGGUUGGGGUGGAGCUCCAACUCCGUCUCCUGCUGCUUCUGCAGCGGCUACGGCUGUGGACAAAGUGCGCAUUGUAAUGUUCUCUCUCUCUCUCCCCCCGUGGUCGCGUGGAUUUUUGUCCGGGUCCUCCAGUUUUUCCCCUCCACAUUUGUAAUCAGCACGCGUUGAGGGAUUUUGGCUGCUGCUCUACAUUUCCACGCAAUAAGCCACUUCAUUGGGCUAUCAUUUGUGGCGAUAUAACUCAGUGGGCCUUACCUGGUAAAAUAAAAAAAAUCGGUUCGUUUAUCUAAUUUUUUUAUUUUCGUCCGGGGCCGGGGAUUGUAAAAAUGUUGUGACAGUCUGAGCACGCAACUUUAUCAGUUUGGCAUGGUCGAGUGACGAUUAUCAUGGCAAUUGUGAUGAUGUUAACUAUUUUAUCAACAUCGUGAUUAUGAUGAUACCCAUCACGAUGUUGAUAGUCAACAACAUCGAUGAUGAUCACGCUUGAUCAUGACGAUCAAUUGAUGAUGAUGACGGUCACAAUUGAUCGUGAUCGUACAGACGUGCCCGUCACGUGUUUGUUUCCUUAAACUCGCGACCCAACGUCUAAAUGCCCCUCCUGCCCAUUGAAGUCUCACGAUGGUCGCAACACCUCUCGUCGCACCGACUCGAUUCACACGGCCCAACACGAGUUGAUGUAUCCGAUAACCCCGCUCACAUUUCACGUGGCUAUCGCGAAAUUCACCGCCAUUGCCCGCAGAGAGAAAAUAGAAUCGUUGACAGUGAAGGCCACCUUGGGGGGGGGGGGGGGUACCGAGACAUGGGGAGGCAUCUCUGGGCCGGGUUCUGCUGUCUGUAGUUGGUGACGUUGCGUGGUGUUGUGGACACAGCAACGCCUCCACGCUUGCUCGUUUUUCGCCACACGGGAGUAAAGCGAGCAGCUUGAGUGUGGGAUCGGUGGUUUUUUUUGUAAUUAACCCUAUCACCCCCCCACUCCCUAUAGGUGUGUGUUUGUUGUUGCCGUCAUAAUUGAAUAAUUGUCACGGAGUAAAUGUUGGGUGGCACGCAGACAAAGCCCCCUCCCAACUCCCCGCCGGCCCCGUGCUGCCCGCUGUGGAGUGGCUCGGAGACGGCGCGGCGCUUCUCGAGGCGCCCGCGGCAGCGAUCUCAAUCUGAUCGCGGCCGAUUCACAACCAGAAGUUGAUGCCUGGGUCCUAAUUCAAAAAAUAGUGUUUGAGUUAUACAAAUACACACACACACACGUACAUACACACACACAGGGACAGACACACAACAACAGCCACCGUUCGCCACAAAGUGGUGGUGACGUGACUACGGCGCUUGUGCCAGGCUAGGUGCACAGAGGCAAAGCGACACUAAUACACGGCUAGCUUUAGUAACGCGUCCCAGAGCCAAGCCCGAGGCCACGGAGUGCAGAUAGCGCGUUGUGCUGUUGUCGUAUCAACAGCUAUCAUGAGUGCUAUAGGUUUUGUAUGAGAGCUAUAAUGUACGAAAACAUUUUAAAAGAAUAUAUUAUUACAUUAAAGUAGAAGCAAUAACAAAAGCAAAGCAUUGUGCGUGGAGUCGUCGCCGGCAGUGUUCGCUGCAAUUGAUUCUCUGUUGCGUCGCUUAUGAGUCCUGAGUUCAAUUCCACCUCCACUCCCCCCGCUCCAUCCACCGUCACUGUCACGCAUCUGUCUCGUGACCUUCAUAACCACCAACCACCACCAUCACCACCACAGCAACUACCGCCACCACCAUCACGGUAACUACUAUUGCAACCACCAAACUACCGCCCCUACCACAACCACAGUCACCAUCAUAACGACCACCAAAGUCAUCACCGCAGCCACCCACCAUCACGGCCACUACCUCCAUAAUAACCACUGCCAUCACCACCACCACCUCGUCGUACCACGAGUCAGAUGGCGAGCACUCUCGCCUCGUGGUCGGCGGGCUCCAUGUUCGCGGUUAAUCGGUGACUCGGGACCCCCGGGGAUGACCCCAUUACCCCGCGCGGGGUCCCGGGGUCAUCCCAGGGGGUCAAACCUGGCUCCGUGUGGAGCCCGCGCCCUGCUUUGGUCGAUGUUCCGUGUGCGUCGCGUUCGCGUGUGCAUGUGCGCGUCCGUGCGUCGCGUGCGUCCGUGAUUGCGUUCGUACUCUGGCGCUGCGUUGCGCUGCGAACGCGUGCGCUCGUGUGUGCAUGCAUGUGUGUGUGUGCGUUCGUAACUCUCGGCCCUGCAUCUUUGCGUGCGUGUUUCGUACGUCCGUUCUUGCGUGUUUAUCGUAAUCAUGGUUACAUCAUGUCGCGUUAAACAAAAAAAAAACACAUCACGUGGUCGCCCUUCGUCCAAUCAAUCGUUCCACCCUCGUGUCGCCCGAGUCUCGUGUCGCGUCGUUGACUAUUUACGCGUUUCAAAACGACGGCCGUAGCGCAUCGCUGUUGUCCCGCGUGUCGCAUCACCGCUUGCGUGCCCCCCCCCCCACCCCCCAGAGGCGAGCACACGGGUCCCCUGCCUCCGAAUGUGCCGCGUGCCACGUCCACCGGUUGGUUCAGUGCAGGUCUGAGUCCAAAUUCACGACCCACUCUCGCAAUUCACAAUUCAUCUCAAGUCACACCGCGCGUGUGUGCACGUCCACAAAGUGUAUCGUAGUGUCCACGUGGAAUGCGUAAAUUAUCACCGAGCUUGGCUUCUCUUGUCGAACCCUCCCUCCACUCCCUUUAUAUAAAAACAAGCCUCCAAAGCCAUAUAUAUAAAUAAUAUAAAUGAUCUCUCUUUGUGUCAUCAGACAGCAAUUACUAAAACCAACACGUUACUUGAUGUGCCGAGAAUGGUGGUGAAUAUAUAGAUGUUAUAAUAAUAUAUUAUUAUUACUACGAAUAAUAAAAUUAUGUUGAUGAUGUUGAUGAUGAUGAUGUUCAUGAUGAUAUUCUAGUGCAAGAAAAGGGGGAUUGCCGCUGCUUCUGUCGGAGGUAACCCCUGAUCUGACAGCGGGGUAACUUCAGGGAAAGCGAACACAGUUCAUGCGUUAGCCCGCACCGCUGCGUCUCAAUGUGUCCUCGAACCCGUCCUCACUCUCUCUCCACGUGCUUGUUUGUUCGAACGCCCCCAUCCUUACAUUUGUCCGUUAAUGGAAUCAGUUUAAGUGGCCACGUAACAAUAAUAAAAAAUGUUGAUUGCUGAUGAUAAUGAUUAAUUUUAGGAGAGGGAAAAAAAAUCGGAAAUGACAAUAAUAAUCGUUACACGUUAAUCGAAUGCUGUGUUGUGUGUACUGUCCGUGAAUUGCAAACCUACCCGUGUCUCCGUGUCCCUCUGAAAGCGUCCAGCAGUCUUCCACUGGGGAAGGGGCGGUAACAGCCACGUGUAACACACCUGGCUGUUACCUGUAGCCCACCUGAGUUGUAAUUCCCCUAGUGGUUAUCUGUACAUCACCUUGAGCUGUUACCCGUAACUCCCCUGAGUAUUGACCCACCUGGGCUGUUGCGGUUUAUUCACCUUGAGCGGUUACCUGCAAUCAAUCAACUUUGAUUGGUUACAUGUAACCCACCUUGAGUGAUUACCGAUAACACUCACGCUCAGCUGUUACCUGCAACUCACCUGAGGUAGUAACUCUCACCUGGGGCUGUUUCCUGUAACGGCACCUGGGCAGUGCAGCUGUGCAGGCGAUGACACUUCUAUUCACCGAGGCGGUGAGUGAAGAGGCUCUCCAGAGUUAAUCUACCAAGUCAGUCGUGUCCUGUGUUUGCAUGUCAAUGUCAUUGUACGAAAAAAUUGCACCUUGUAACAUGAAAUAAAAUGUCAGAAUGUCGAAAA